AGAUGGCAGACAUAACAAUUUUCCGGUCAUGGCUACUUUCAUUUGGCAUGUUAAGUACUGUCCUGGCUUUGAAAAUGCCAUAUGAGUUCAUUACAGAUCACACAAAUAAUUAUGUUCUACCUAAACUUCCAUACGGUUACAAAGAUUUGGAACCGUUCAUCGACGAAGCGACAUUGCGCGUACAUCAUUUAGGUCACCAUGCUGCAUACACCAAAAAAAUGAACGCUGCCCUUGAGGAGUGGGCCGCGGACGGUGAGGUCAAAGAAUCUGCAUCUUUUGCGAAGAAACCAAUUUUGGACAUUCUGAUUGGUCUAGAAGAUGUACCAGAAAAAUAUCAAACUAAAAUACGAAACAACGGUGGCGGAUAUGUGAACCAUAACUUGUACUGGUCUGUGAUGUCACCAAAUCCAAAUUCAGAUGACAGAGAGCCAAUCAACCAACUGGGCGAUGACAUCAUCAAAGCGUUUGGAAAUUUUUCCACCUUCAAAGAAGAGUUUACUAAGGAAGCCCUUUCUCUCUUUGGAUCAGGUUAUGUCUGGCUGAGUAGAGAUCCUAAUAACAAUGGAAAACUUACCAUAUCAAAAACUGCUAACCAGGACUCGCCUCUUACAGAUGGACUUAUGCCAAUUCUUGUCAUUGAUGUUUGGGAGCAUGCUUAUUAUAUCAAACACCAGAAUCUCCGACCGAAGCAUGUUUCGGACUGGUGGAAUCUUGUUGAUUGGUCAGCAGUAGAAGAUAUUGACCAUUGGUGGUUGGGUCCAAACUACAACUUCCACGAUGAAUUUUGAUAUAUUGCCUUGCCAGAUGAUUUAUCCAUACCUACAGUGCAAUAAGCCAAAGGAGGCCAUCUUUUUUACAUCCAACUUAAGAGCAUGGGCUUAUAACAGCACACAAUAUUGAAACAGUAUUUAUUGGUAAUGUUACAUACUGUGCAGAAAAAAAUAGGUCAUCCUUUCCUUGAUUUUUCAAAAAAAAAAGAAAGAAGUAUUCAAAAUAUGGAUGGCAAUUUUUGUUGGAAGUGUUGAAAUGUGAUGAUGUAGAAAUGGAGAAAGUGCUGAAAACAAGUCCUGUUGUUGAGAUUUCUAUUACCUCAUUGUUAAUUUUCCCAGACCUUUUUGACCUAGAUGCAAUUUUUAUUUCUUUCUUACCGUAAAUCACUCUGCAGCUUACUCAGGAUAUUUCUGGUAUAUAGGAGAAUAUUGGGGUUUUUUUGCUUACAAUGUAAAGGCAGAGUUCUGAUAUCUGUGCUCCAUCAUUUACAUGUUAAACAAGAGACAUGUACUUUCAAGUAACUUCGGAGGAUGUUACAAGUUUUGGCACUGGCUGUCAUUAAUUUUCUGAGAGGAAUACAGUACAAUCAUUAAUUGUUUUGUAGGAUUUGUUCCUGCGUCAGUAUAAACAGAUUUAUUGAGCUAUGUUUCACCAGGAAAUCCAAUUUCCACACUAUAAUAUGUUUAGGUCACCAGGCCCGAAGGGCCAAGAUGAUAUAUUGCUAUCGUGCAUUGUAUGUCAACUUGCAUCAUCUGUAACUUUUCCUUUAAAACACUACUCCUACUUAACAUAUGGGUACAUUUAAACCCACACACAUUAUUUGGGGUAGGGAAUCAUUUUUUGAAUCUGGAAAGUUUAUUCAACCUGAAGGGACUUAAUCCUUCUUAAUAACUGGGUGGAUGUCAACUAAAUUUGGGAUGAAUCUUUUUUUUAAUGUAGAAAGCUGAUUUAACCCUAGGAACCUGUGGGCAGAGACCCAAAAGGGAGAGUUAGUCAAUAUUUUGCCUCAAAUUGCUACUUUUCCUUAAUGCUUGAAAGGAUUUCAUUCAAAUUCUGUCGGAAACAUCAUUAUAGAGGUGGGUAACUAAUUCUUAAAUUCAAAAAGUUGAUUUUGGGCCCCAAACAGAGAAUAUUUUGCUUUAGAACACUACUCCUUCUUAAUUCUUGGGUAGAUUUCAAUUAAAUUCUGGUCUGAAACAUUAUUAAAGAGUUGAAUUGACAUUAAAUAUGCAUGAAGUGUUUCUGAGGUUGUCUGACCAAAUCUUGUUUUUUUUGUUUGGUCCAAAAACCCAACAUAACUCAUCUUGAACAAAAAGUCUUAACUAAAUUUCCCCAGUUUCAUUUGCACCAUUGAGAGAAAUGUUUGAAGUAUAAUUUGUUAAGGAAAAGAAACAUAUAUGUUAUUUUUUAUCCUGCUCAAAACUUGGACAUGGUAGACACAGUAGCCAUUUUGUAACCGAUACAACAACUGUUUAUCAUAAACAAAAUCUACCAUUUAUGAGUUUCUUAUCCUUUCUAGGAAUGUUCAUAAUUUGAAUUCAUCAGAUUUAUUGGGCCACCAUUAGUAAUUUUUGUGGUGUGUCCGUCCAUUGUCAAAUGACACUAAGAGCUAUGGCCCUCAUCCUAUUGUUUUGUUUUGUUUUUAACAACGAAAAAUAAACUGAUUUUACAGAAUA